GUCACUCUCGCUCAAGCGCACCUGUUGCAUCGUUCUAGACUUUUUGUCCUCAGCUUUACUUUUUGGUUUGACAUUAGUCUGUAUCAAGCAAACUCGCCUUGGCUACCCGAAACCCUCCGUGUUUGGAUCAAAGUUCAUCUCUGUGAGAAAACAUAUUGAGAUGGAGCCUUGAAGAAGAGUUUACCGCAAGAAUUUCUGUAAACGGGAGGAAUUAUCGGCGAACUGAAGAACGGGAUUCUCUCUGCUGAGGGUGGAUGUCGUAGAACAUGAAUGCUUUGGGGACCCCAACAAAACCAAGCAAUGGGGUGGCCAGAUCGGACAGCAAGAUCAGUGCCAAAACCCUGUUCGAGCAACGCAAGAAGUACUCAAACUCGAACGUCAUCAUGCAAGAGACGUCGCAAUAUCAUGUGCAGCACCUGUCUACGUUCAUCAUGGAUAAAUCUGAGUCCAUUGCUACAGUAGAAGACGCAAUUAAGAAGCUGAAGCUGCUGGACUCCAAAGACAAAAUCUGGACACAGGAAAUGCUGCUGCAGGUGACGGACAAAUCCAUCAAACUCCUGGACUCCGAAACCAAGGAAGAGCUUGAAAACUUUCCUCUGGCCACAGUCCAUCACUGUCAGACGCUGUUGAACCAGACCAGAUAUCCUUCCAUCCUUCUGCUCGUCUGUCAGGACAAUGAACAACACAAACCAGACAUUCACUUCUUCUACUGCGACGAAGUGGAGGCCGAGAUGGUGCACGCUGACAUUGAUAGCGCUCUGGGAGACAACGCACGCGGCAAGAAGAUGCGACCGCAGACACUAAAAAUGAACCAAGAAAAGAUGAAACACCACCGGGAGAGCAUCAUCCCGGCCUCUGAGCCUAGGAGUCCUGGCCCUGGGGUCAAAGGUCGCGUUGCAGCUACAGACAUGAAAGAUGAAUUGUCGAUGCAGGACCCCGAGUCCAAUAUGAAACUGGCCCAGCGGAUCGAGAAGGACGUGCAAAUCCUGAACUGCGCUCUAGACGACAUCGAGAUCUUCGUUGCACGUCUUCAUAAAGUGGCAGAGGCUUUUGCGCAACUUAGCCAGCGCAACAGGAGCAAAAAAAACAAGAAGAGAGGCCCUGCAGAGGGAAUGCUAACGCUACGAGCUAAACCUCCAUUAGAAGGCGAGUUUAUCGACUGUCUUCAGAAGCUGAAACUCUCUUUCAAUCUGUUGGCCAAACUGAAGAAACACAUUCAGAACCCCAGCGCUGCAGAGCUCGUGCACUUCCUGUUCGGACCUCUGGAACUGAUUCUGCAGAGUUGUGGCAGUCCUGAGCUGCCGCGUGUGGUCAUCUCUCCUCACCUGUCCCGGGACACAGUGGACUUCCUGAAAGGACACCUGACUCCCAAAGAGAUGACCAUCUUUGAGCUGCUGGGAGACGGCUGGACACGGCCCAGAGCUGAUUGGCCGAAAGAUCAGUGCGCUCCUCUGUACGUCCCAAAGUUCCGGAACGGCUGGGAGCCUCCGGUGGAACUGUUCCGCUCGUCACCGUGGGAGACGGAGAGCGCCGGUGCACCGGUGCAGACAGAAUACAGACCCAAAGAGUUCUUUGGAUCCCAGUCAUCGCUCUCUUCAAACGGGUCUUUCUCGACAACUCCUGCUUCUCGCAAGUAUGCAAAGAUCCGAUACCACUUUGUGGCACGUAAUGCAAACGAGCUGUCGGUGCUUCAGGAUGAAGUUCUGGAGGUGUUGGAGGAUGAUAAGCAGUGGUGGAAGUUGAGGAACCGAAGUGGACAGGCGGGAUAUGUGCCCUAUAAUAUCCUGGAUGUGGUAAAACUGGAGGAUCCUCAUGCUUCUAUUGACCCGUCAUACAGUCCAGGAGCACCUUAUAGUCCGUCAUACCGAGGACAGUCGCCCUCCGGCUCACUGGGCAGUGACAAAGACGGUCACUCUCAACAGAUGGACAAAGUGAACGAUGAGCUGCUCAUGUUGAUCACCAGUAAUAAGGUUCAACAGCCUGCGAGGAACUUUAAAGUGGUGCGUCAGUCUGCUGUCCCGCUGACCUUUAACUCCAACCCGGCUGAGGUCACCAACUGGCUCAAUGCCAAGGGCUUCUCCAAACCGACGGUGGAGCGUCUGGGAAUCCUGACCGGCUCUCAGCUCUUCUCUCUGAAUAAAGAGAACCUGAAGGCCGUGUGUGGAGACGAGGGAUCUCGCGUCUACAGCCAGAUCACCGUCCAGAAAGCACAACUAGAGAAGAGUCGAGGAGAUACAGAACUGCAGGAGAUUCUGAAUAAACAGCAAGAGAAAAUUGCAUCUGCCUAAAUGCUCACAUGGACUGUCAAUCAAACGGUCACCUGGCAACAGUAACCAUCAACCAAACCCACCGAUGAAGUUAGAAGACGUAGAUUCUGCCACAUCGUCAACCAAAUGUCUAAUCCAAUAUGUUUUCUAAUUGUAUAUUUAUUGUCGGUGCUUUUUAUUAUUAGUGUAUGUACGGAGCUUAUUGUAAUUUAUCUACACACAUUAUCUUGUUCAUGCUGGAAAAUAGUUGUAAGCUUAUACGGCUCUCUAUUGCAUGGAAACAAUAUAUCGGUGGGUCUUAUGAAAACAUGUACAGGUCAUGCUUCAAAAUUCUAAGAUAAAUUUAACUAUGUUAAAAAUAGACUAUUUUAGGACCUUUAACAUUUUUUGUUGUUUUUGAAUAUCAUUUUAACCACCAUUGCUCAAAGUAAUAUUUUUACGUAAUUUUCAAUGAUGAUUAAUAAAAAAAAUAAAUAAAAAACAAGUAGGAAAAAAAUAAAAUCAGCAUAAAUGAAAAUCAGUACAAUGGCUUUUCACCGCAAAAACAAAAGGUUUAUUAUAGAAAUAGACUAUUUUAGGGUCAAUUUCUCAAAGUACUGCAGACAUUUUGAGUUUUUGUAAUUCUCGAUUCAUUUAAAAAUACAUAAUAUCAGUAUAAGUUAAAAGCAAUAAAACAAUUUCUAUCCUGUAUUUAUAUUUUGCAAUUCAAAAAUCAUAUUACAGUAAUUCAAAAAUGUUUUAAAAUUACGGUGAAAUUCAAAAUACGUAAUUUGAGCAAAAUAUACAUAUUUCUUGUGAUCCUGUGGUUAAAUGUGACCCGUACAUGUUGACAGGCGAGAUUCACCCGUGUCCAUAAGAUUGAGCGGAGCGAAUGUUUUCUGGGGUUUGAUGUAUGAUUGCAUCUGUGACGUUGGUUCUUGAAAGAAACGAAAAUGUAAAUGUGCUAAAUUCAGUCUCGUCACACGUUCUGAUGCUGAUCGUUAUGACGAAUGAAUGACGCGAGAACAGUAGAUUUAUCAGCUGGAUUUCAUGCACUCUUUCCUUUGUCAACACGCAACAAGUGUUUUCAUUUGUAUAAAGGGCAUUUAGAGAUUUUGAUCCUUCAAUAUGUGGUUCAAUCAUAAUAGAGACACUUUAAAAAGACACACAGAUGAGGUUUAAUCAGUUUAAUUGGUUACCAGUAGUAGGAAAUCAUGUCAUAUAAAACCAGAAGUACAGCCUCUUAGUAUUAUCCAGCUAGUUUCUCCAAAUGUUAUUUAUAAAAACAAAAUUACUGUAUUGUAAAUUUAAGAAAUAAAGUGACUGCUAAAAGAUUGUGCCUCAGAAAUUAUCCUCAAAAUAUUCAAUGCCUCUAGCAACUAUGCAAAUCUAAAUUUCAGCGAUUGUAAUCCAGCAAUCACACGACUUUCAGGCACGAUCAUGCACAUUCAUGUACCUUCAGAUACUUUUUUUUUUUAUUAGGAGAAAGACC